CAAACCCCGUCUACCUUCCACUUCGUCCUCCUGUCGCGUCCGAAACGCUCGCGAUACUGUCACAACUGGAGCUAGAUGCGAAGACAACGAGUGGAUCGCAACGUACAAAGAUCUCUGAAGCUCUCGUAAAAGUCCCAUUUCCACGCCGCUCCUACCCCACUAACCCUAGUCUUUCUCUUCCUUCCUCUCACCACCCAUCGAGCGCUUCAGUUCCGCAUAAUCCCGAUUUUAAGAUACGUAAUCUCUACAUGAUAUGUUUCCUAACUUGGUAAGUUUUCUUUGGAAAUGGAAGGCUUAAUGGGAUUAAUUUUUGCUGGUGUAUGAUGAUCUCUUAGGAUCAAUGCUUAAGUCGUCAUUCUAUGAUAUUAGGCAAAUGUCCUUCCUUAAAGGCCCCGUUAAUGAAGCGCAGAAAUGGACAUCAUUUCUCAACUGCAAGAGCAAGCCAAUUCAAUUGCCCUUAUUGCCAUGAAUACAUUUGGCACACUUCAAAGAGAUGCACCCCCAGUCCGGCUUUCCCCAAAUUAUCCUGAACCGCCUGCUAAUCCUACAGAGGAAACCAUCAACAUUACAGAACAACCAAAGAUAAUGAGUGCUGCUUUGGUUCAAGCAGCCAAGAAGUUUGAUGCUCUUAUUGCUGCCCUGCCUUUGGAAGGCGGCGAAGAGGCACAGGUGAAGAGAAUAGCUGAGCUCCAGGCUGAGAAUGAAGUAGUAGGACUUGAACUUCAGAAACAGCUCGAGGCUGCAGGAACUGAAACUGGUUCAGGCUUUGUUUUGUCAAGCUUCAGACAACUGUUUGAAUCUGAAGAAAGCAGAUUGAUUUUCUCUACUGUAAGUAAAUACCUGACUCCUUUGGUGCAGAGCCUCAUAAUUCAUGUCUCUUUGCUUAUAUGAUUGUAAUAUUUGAAUGUUUAAAUUAUAUUUGCUUCUAUAUCUAUAAUUACUUAUUUUA